GAAAGAUAGAGGUUGAAAUGCGGCUGUCAUUGUUGUUGCUCGCCGUUUGUAUCGCUCGUGGCGUCCACAGUCUGGGCAUACUCGACGACAUCAUCGGAGUACCGGGCAAGUUAGUGGACCAAGCCGGCGGCCUCUUAAAUGGAUUCCUCGGGGGUAACAACGGAAACAGAAACAUAUGCAACCGCAAUGUAUACCAAGAUUACAGUAAGGCCGUUACCUCCUUCCAACACAAACUAUAUACCAGUGUGGCCGCCCGAGGUAACGAUCACUUCGUAUUCUCUCCACAUACGAUAUGGCUUUCUCUAUCAGCUCUAGCCGAAGGAGCUGACCUUUCAGUCCAAAGACAAAUCUUUGCUUCCCUCCAUCUGCCCGAGGAGAACUGUAUCCGCAAAAAGUUCUACGAAAUCGCCGUCAAUGUUGAAAAGUCUGGACGAGAUGUAAUCUUCGACCGGCGGCGGAUCUUACUGCUGGACGAAGAUCUCAAGGUGAACCCUUCAUGGGGCCAGACAGUGAAAGCCCUCGGCCUGCUCAAAGCAGGGUUUGCUUCAAUCAAGAACAACCCGAGACAGACGGUACAACGCGUGCGGAAGUUUAUUGGUACGCAGGCGAACAUUCCUCUGAGCGGUAACUCUGUGAUUCUUGACGCAUUGGAGUACCAGGGGCUGUGGACGACUGCUUUCCCUGAGGCCGAUAUACAGAGACAGCCAUUCUACGACGAACGAGGCCUGAUUAUUGGUAAUGUGGAUAUGAUGCACAUUCGGAAGAGAGUUCGGUUGGCUCAAGCGCCGGUCUUGGGUGCUAAAGUGGUGGAGCUGCCGGUCGGUGUCGACGGUCGGUACACGAUGCUGAUCGCUGUGGGCAUCGGCAACAAUGUCCUGAGGAACUCCAUGUCAACGUUCAUGGGCUCCAUCUUGGAGGUAUUCUCGCUGCUGCAGAUGAGCUUGGUCCCGUUAGAAGUCGCUGUGCCGCGGUUUUCUAUCUCCUCGGAGUUUGACAUCCGCGCUGCGCUUGAAGAUUUAGGCCUCAAAUCGUUUUGGAGGGAUCCUUUGGCUACCAAAUACGUAUCAGAACCCUCAGCAUUGCCUGGCAACUUUAUUCAGCGUGUGUUGGUCAGCGUGGACAGUCGGGGCGUGGAGCCGCCUCAGAGACGAUACGUCAAUAACAUCAUAGGCAGGGGACAGGAUUUCAUUGUUGACAGGCCUUUCUUAUUCGCACUGUUUGAUACGGCGACUAGAACCUGUCUUUAUGCUGGAGCUUACUCCAAACCUAACUUAUCUAAUUAGUUCCGAAAAUAUAUUUAGUUUUCGGGCA